AUGGAAAUAGAUACAGGGUCUGCAGUGUCAUGCAUUAGCAAGAGAACGUAUGAUAAAUAUUUUAAGCAUAUAUGGCGGGCUGGGGUGCUUCACGGGCGGCAAGGCUCAGUUGCGAGUGUGGGCGAACUUGGAACCAUAUCAGUCUUUGGCUCGUUUAGCUCUGGUGGCGGUCUCUCUCCACACGACUCCUCUCUGACAACCGGCUCACCCAUUCUUGGCAUCUUUGGACUAUCGCUCAUGAGUGCCGGUGUCCGAACCCCAGGGGAAUCAUGCUGCGAUGGAGUGUAUGGAGCAACUAUGGAAUUACGCGUAGAUCUCCGUUUUAACUGA